UGAUGCCUACAGCUAAAAACAUGUUUCCUGGUUGCGCGAGGAGCACAUGUUUCACUUUGCGGCAGUUACGCGGUGAAGUGCUCAAGGCACAUAUCCCUGGAUGUUUGUACCGUCAUUUGUCUAAUUUGUUUUACUGUGCUACUGCUGUCGUUACAGCUUCUGCUGAUCUUAGUUGUGCCCGUCAAGAUAUAGGCCAUCUCUGCACUGUUGACAACAAUUAGCCGCAAGUGCUGAUUGCUGCUGGUUGGCUCAGUCCAGAAACAGGCCUCACAAAUGCGAUGAGCCUAGCUGAAAGCAUCACUGCCAAAAUGUUACGCCACGCCCCUUCAAAGGUCGUUGGUCAGGUAGAGGUUGGCAUGCAGCACAGCUUGCCUCUGGCUGACAAAUCUGUCGGCUGUUCGUUGAAACCAGGGAGCGAGUCUAGGAGCGUGCAGACUACGGAGGCUGUGGAACAGUUAAGUUCCACCUCAGCAUCGAGGCCUUUAAUUUCUGCAUCAACUGCCAAAUGUGACAACUCAAAGCAAGGAUGCUUCCACCAAUGUCAGCUAUGUGACUAUGAGACUGAUGAACUAUUUCUUCUGGAAGAACAUGCCAGCGACCAUACUGGCGAGAAACUGUUUCAUUGCCCUUUAUGCCCUCAGAGGUUUCCACAGAAGCAGAGACUGAAAACCCACCUGCUCACCCACACAAUCAAGACGCCAUUUCAGUGCACUUCAUGCUUUCAGAGCUUCUCGGAUAAGGCUCACCUGAAAGAGCACUUGCGCAUCCAUACGGGCGAGAAGCCGUUUCAUUGCCUUUUGUGCCCUCGGAGCUUUUCUCAAAAGUCCAACCUGAAAACCCACCUGCUCACCCACACAGGUGAGAAGCCAUAUGAAUGCCCUUCAUGCUCUCAACGCUUCUCGCGCAAGUUUUACCUGAAAGCCCACCUGCACACCCACACAGGUGAGAAGCCAUAUCAGUGCCCUUCAUGCUCUCAGAGCUUCUCGCUAAAGACUUCCCUGAAACAGCACCUGUACAGCCACACAGGCGAGAAGCCAUAUCAGUGCCCUUCAUGCUCACGGGGCUUCUCACGAAAGGGCGACCUGAAAAUGCACCUCCUCACUCACUCAGGCGAGAAGCCAUUUCACUGCCCUUCAUGCUGUCAGAGCUUUUCCCGAAAGGGCAACCUGAAUGCCCACCUGCGCACCCACACAGGCGAGAAGCCAUAUCAGUGCCCUUCAUGCUCUCAGAGCUUCUCGCUAAAGACUUCCCUGAAACAGCACCUGUACAGCCACACAGGCGAGAAGCCAUAUCAGUGCCCUUCAUGCUCACGGGGCUUCUCACGAAAGGGCGACCUGAAAAUGCACCUCCUCACUCACUCAGGCGAGAAGCCAUUUCACUGCCCUUCAUGCUGUCAGAGCUUUUCCCGAAAGGGCAACCUGAAUGCCCACCUGCGCACCCACACAGGCGAGAAGCCAUAUCAGUGCCCUUCAUGCUCUCAGAGCUUCUCGCAAGAGACCUCUCUGAAACAGCACCUGUACAGCCACACAGGCGAGAAGCCAUAUCAGUGCUCUUCAUGCUCUCGGGGCUUCUCAAAAAAAUAUCACCUGAAAGCGCACCUGGUGACUCACACAAACAAGAAGCCAUAUCAGUGCCCUUCAUGCUCUCAGAGCUUCUCGCGAAAAACCUCCCUGAAAGAGCACCUGUGCAGCCACACAGGCGAGAAGCCAUAUCAGUGCCCGUCAUGCUCUCGGGGCUUCUUACGAAAGGGCGACCUGAAAAAGCACCUCCUCACUCAUUCAGGCGAGAAGCCAUUUGAGUGCCCUUCAUGCUCCCAGGCAUUCUCACGAAAGUGUGACCUGAAAGCGCACCUGGGGACUCACACAAGCGAGAAGCCAUUUGACUGCCCUUCAUGCUGUCAGAGCUUCUCACGAAAGAGCAACCUGAAAGUCCACCUGCGCACCCACGCAGGCGAGAAGCCAUAUCAGUGCCCUUCAUGCUCUCAGAGCUUCUCAUACUGGGGCACCUUCAGGAAACACAUGAGGCGAGAAGCCAUUUCAGUUCCCACUCUACCUUCAGAGAUUCUCGUUCAGAAAUGCCCUGAAGAUACACCAGUGCAUUCAUACAGGUGACCGGCCAUAAUGUUGCACCGUCUGCUCCUGAUCCUCAUCACUUGAACAGACUUCAGAGAGCACACCAUAGAUAAUUAAGUUGUUCUAAGGUCGUCGACUGUUUCUUCUAGAGUAUACACACGCUGGUCGACAUCAGCGGUGGCCGACGCCCACGCUUCUAUCUUCGAGAUCCUAUCUUCAGAUACAUCAAUUUUAGCGGUCAGACUUACUAAAUAUUGGCUUAUUCGUGUUUGCCCUUCUAGCAGUUCCGUGAGCAUAUGGUCAGAUUUUGUGUCUGGGCCAGGGUUUGACUUUACAUCACCCGACAUAAUUAGCAAUAUUCUCAAGGAAUGCAACAAACAAGAAAAGGUACACAAAAGGCACUCAGGGUCCAGCAGCAGCAGCAAACAACGAUCGUCACUUCUGAAGCAAUGCACAUGGUGUCUAUUGCUUACAUGCAAGAUGAAGCAAUCAACGUUGAGACAGCCGUUCUCCAUGCUGCUACCAAACCCACUGAAGAGCAGAAGCCGCGCGUCUCGCUUUAUAUCGUCCUGUGACCACAUGAGCGUUCAUCAGUAGUCCGCCAUCCACUGUUUGACCACCACCGAUGAAGUUCGUCGUCGUCAAUAAGCAGGUUCUCGUGUGAUACGAAAUCACACGUGCUGUUGAAGGUGGAAUCCAAGUUCACACGUACCGGAAUGCCACGCAAUCGACAAAUGGAAAAAGCAUAGUCCUCCGGAUAGUGGCGGCCGACGCAAGCAGAGAUCUGCAAGAUAAAGCGGGCAAAGUUCAGACAGCUGUUCGCCAUGCCGCUACCAGACUCACUAUUAGUCGCAUAUUUUAACGCCUUGUAUAAUACGUCAAUUUGUCCACUUUAUAGAUGUCCUACUUGUAGCAUUUUACAGAAUUGUGAUAUUUUUCAUUGCCGAGUUAGAUGUAAACUUGAUAGUUUCGUUUUCUGAAAAUUCGUGCUUUUCAAAAUUGUUAUUAAAAGACUGAUGGCCUAAAUAAAAAAUUCACUACCAACAAUCACUAGAUUCUAUUUCCUUUAUAUGCAGCAAACCUCAUGUGGUCUGGUGCUGUAGUUGUCAAGAAAAAUGAUUUCUCCCUUCCCACGCAUUUAGAAUGGGGCCCCCAAGCCUAAGCUUGCUCUUAAAGGGUCCCUGAAGCACUUUUGCGGGGUCGCCAUAUUUUUUCUUCAUCUUUUCUCAACACGUUAUCGAACACAGAGCAAAAGGAUUUAUGAGAACUGACCCACAUAAUGUCGUCAUAGCUGAGAAAGAAAACAAAAUACAGUUAAACCUUAACUAACCCUUUGAGGGUGGAAUUAUUUUGGAAAAGACUUUCCCAGGUGGUCAGAUUACUUUAUUGCGGAUCUUGAAUCUACAGAAGGUAUAAGUCUGGCAUAAAUAGUAAAAAAAAAAUUAUGAACAGUAUUUUGUUGUCGGCAUCACUCUGAACUGCAAGAUGUUCAAUAGUAUUUCAGAGUGUGGUACUCCUUGAAACAUGUGUCUAUGCACAGUGCCUUAUCGCAGUCUGCACACCUAAAGCGCGUGUCUGUUCUCCUCUUGGAGUGAUGAGUUGUGUUGGCACACACAGUACAUAUUCUCUGCGUGCGGCUGGCUUGGGCAGAGGUCUGAGGCAACCUCUCGCGUACGCGCAUUGCCGCAGAUAGCGAUCGAGAAUACCUUGUGAGUGACGGUGAUAAACAAGCUAAGAUCAGCGCCAAUCAAGAUCGAAAUCAACUUCCGCCGCCCCUGCAAGAGACUGCCGACAAAGAGAAAAAUCACGUUUUGCGCGCCUCCGUUGCGAUCACGCGGCAGAACCGAAAGCGCGUUGCCGCUGAGAGCGAGAAUACCUUGUGAGCGGCGAUCAUCAACAAGCUAAGAGCAGCGCCAAUCAAGAUUGAAAUCAACUUCCCCAACCCCUGCAAGAGAGUGCCAACAAUGAGAAAAAUCACGUUUCGCGGGCUUCCAUUGCUAGCACGCACCGAAACCGCAACCGCAAAAGGGGUGUUGCCGCAGUCUGCGUGACGCGCUGAAGCUAGAAAUCGCUUGUGUUUAUCUCUACAAGAAGGUAGCACCAAUUUCAAACGCAUCUUGUAAGUGCUAAGAGGUGACAGCACCUCCCAGUGAGCACACAUCGCCAUUAUGGCGCAAAAUUUCAACCUGAGGGUUGGAACCGUACCCGUACGGCAAAGACCUUGCGGGAGAGAAAACCGCCGCCAUACAUGUACGGCAAAAACCUUCAAAGGGUUAACAGAAGUCGGCAAAAAUAGCUAUUUGCUUUGUUAUAUUGUGGCUUUUCAUUAUUCGAAAAGUAAUCGAUGUUCAUUUGUAUCUCAAAAAUUACUGUUUGCAUGCCCCAGCAAACUAUGUAUGUUCAUUGUAAUCAUUAUUGUUACACUACAGAUGUCUGAAUGAUGUGUUCUUUAGGCUCAGUUCUUUUUUUCAGUAUUCUCAUUGGUACAUAUGAACUUGUUCUCUUAGAACCAAUUCAUGUAUUUGUUGCCUCUUGGUUCUGGUCUACAUGGUUCAUCGUGGAUUCUUUGGAUCUUAUUCUAUUCGUGCCUUUAUUUUUUUUACAAAUGGGUCCUUUCUUGAGGAAUUGAUUGUUCAGUAAGCUUUCUACCGUCUGUUUCACCAGAGCACCAAAUAAAUGCCAUUGUUGAGUA